AGCGAUGAUAAUUUUUUACAUUCAUCCAUCCGUUCUUACUGUGGUUCUUCCUUAUUUAUUGUAGGUAAUUUCAUUAGAAAUUGAAGAAUAUCGUUAUUUUCGGAGAUUGUCUUGCUAUUAGUGAAUUCCAAUAUCAAGUUGCAAGAUGGAUAAAAGAAAAUUAUCUACCGCAGGGGAUAGUUUAUACGAAAUACUUCAAGUGCCCAAAACUGCAACGGCGGACGAUGUGAAGAAAAGUUACAGAAAAUUAGCAUUAAAAUAUCAUCCAGAUAAAAACCUGAACAACCCGGAAGCGGCCGAAAAAUUUAAGGAAGUUAAUCGGGCUCACACUAUACUCAGCGAUGCGACGAAACGAAACAUCUAUGAUAAUUACGGCUCGCUUGGAUUAUACAUCGCAGAACAAUUUGGCGAAGAGAAUGUCAACGCCUAUUUCGUAGUAACGAGCACUUGGUGCAAAGCAUUGUUUAUAGUAUGUGGUAUUCUAACGGGUUGCUACUUUUGCUGUUGCCUGUGCUGCUGCUUCAAUUGCUGCUGUGGAAAGUGCAAGCCCCGUCCACCGGAGGAGUCCGGUGACUACCACACGCUCGAGCGCGACGACUCGGACGGCGUGCAGCCGGUGACGGCACAGCCCGGCGGCGAGGGCCGGCCCAAAGGCGAGCAGGCGCCACCCAUCGCGAUGCCUGCGCCGCCUCCCGCGGGAGCCUCUGAAAACACGGGCUUGAACACAGGCAGCAGUAUUCCAAAAUACACAUGAAGUAUUUGUAACGAACUAGUCUAAUGUAAUUUGUAAGAGAAAUGAAGAACUGACUUCUUUAACCGCCAUUAUGAACAUUGUUAAGCUUAAAUAGCUGUUAUCUUUCUUCUCUUGAUAUAUUUUUGUAUUGUAUUAAUGUUGGUAUUUACGGCUUUAAUUGCUAAAAUAUAUUUUAUGAUUUUUAAUAUGAAUUUUAUUCAUUUUAAGAUUGUAAAAGGAAUUCUUGCCAUUAAUAGAUUAUAUUUAUAUUAAUAUUUUAUAAUAUACGUCCACAUUAUGUUUGAUUCGAAUUGAGGGAACUGUAUCAAAUAUAUUUUAUUCUUUAAAACUAUAUUACGUUGACAUAGACAGCGUGUAAUGGAUAUCCAUCGAAAGAUUUCAUCAAUGCUGCUUAUUGCUUUAAGUAUACUUAUCUCAAGAAACAUCGACUUCGCUAAUGUUGACUAAAUAAGUGUUAAAUUAUGUAUUGUCUGUUAUUGCUAAUCUCUACUUAUUUGUGCGUCGUGGAUGUUCGACGUGUUGCGAUAUUAGGUAUAAAGAAACUCGUUUAAACAAACAGGUUUUGAAUACAUUAAAAUUAACCAAACAUCAACACUGUUUUUACAUAGUAAGUUUAAAACAAAUGACGGUGGCUCAAGUCUUAUUCAUAGUUUUCUACAGUUUAAGAGUCACUCUUGAUCGGUCAUUUAUAACGAAUUUACGGCCAGUAUAAACGUUUGAAUUGAUUAUUUGGUUUUCUUUUGGUCUUUUGACCUGGUUUAAACGAGUAUCACGCCAGUACUCUACAUCCUGAAAAGUUAACUGGUUUACCAUUUUAUGUUGUAAUAAUGGAAUAUUGCUGCUCUUCGGCCGAAAGGCAAAUUUAAAAUAAGUUUCAACAGUUGAUUGUUCUAUAAGGAUAUUAUUAUAAUUGUCAAACUCAGAAGGCAAUUGCUUAAGGGCUCCGCGCGUUAGAAACUCGAAGUCGAACAUAAAUAAAAUUAACUGCGUACAUAAAUGAAAUGUUAGCAGUAAUUUGGGUAAUAAUUAAAAAAAAACUGGAGCCCUGAGACUUUAUUGCCUAGGGGCAAAACAUUAUCCGACCUUGCUUUUGGAUUUUAAGAAAUAUUUCGUAGGCGAAUAAAUAUAUGAUUAGGCUUAUUGUUAGUUCUUCAAGGUUUAAUGUAUUUAAAGCUGUUGUUUAGAUAUUAAGAAUGGCUAGUUGAAAACACACAUCAUGUGGGUAGCUGUAUAAAAUUAAUUAAAUAUAUGUAUUAUACUUACUAAAGCUUAACAUUUAGCCUGCAGUCGCGUUAUCAUUCCGAGAAUACCUAUAGGUUUUGUGAAUAUAAUAUUAAUAAUUAGUGUUCUUUAUAAAAAUAUAAUCUACAAAAAACGUCUAUUUGUACGUGGCUUAACAAUAUAAUAUUGAACUAUUAAGUAAACGGUAUCUACAAUUUUAGCCAGUUUACUUGUUAAAUGUAAGCCUUCUUUACCAUAAUGUAGGUACAUUAUUAAUUAUUAUUAUUGUGUAACUGUUAAUAACAAUAAAGAAAAAACAAUACCAUUAGA